AUGCCUGGAGAGCAGCCGAUAUACUUCAACGCAGAUGUCACUGAGGAGGAAUUACAGCAAAGAAUGGAAGCCGCCAAAUCCACUCUCAUGGCAUUUUUCAAGUACAAUUCCGAAAACUCUGAUGGAAGACAAUAUCUUUACCAGGAAUUUCCUGUUCAUUUUACCUACAACCGUCAAAGUCGAUCCUGGAGUCCAAGGAAACGUGGAGUUGUUAUUGGUAGAAUGUACCAUUGCAAUCCAGUGAUGGGGGAGAAAUAUUAUUUACGUCUACUUCUUACAGCUGUUCGUGGUGCCAAAUCUUUUGAGCACUUGAGAACAGUUGGUAAUAUCCUUCAUCCCACAUUCAAAGCAGCAUGCAUUGCGCUUGGUCUGUUGGAAGAUGAUCAGGAGUGGAUUCAAUGUUUUACCGAGGCUAUUGUUUUUUCGAGUGGAUCGUCUCUACGAACCCUAUUUGCAACGGCACUGUUAUUUGGGGAUGUAACUGACCCUCUCACACUCUGGACUCAAUUCGGAAUCAAAAUAUGUGACGAUCUCCCUAACGCAUUACGGAACAAUGAGUCACUUCUGUUUCCUGAAAACAUGGAAAAUCCACACCUCGAUUACGGCCUGUAUUUGAUCUCACAAAUACUUGCUGACUCUGGCAAAACCUUAACGGACUUUAGCAUUCCUCCCAACACUAAUGAUUGGGGAUUCACAAAUGGAAAUGAGAUGAUUGCAGCUGAACUCCGAUAUGACAAUCAAGCGGAAGCUCAUUCAUAUGAAACCGGAGUUGGACAAUUGAAUGCGGAUCAAUUGAACUGUUUCAACACCAUCAUCCAAGGAGUCGAAAACCCAGCAAAUGCGCAUUUCUUUCUACAAGGACCAGCCGGGACCGGGAAAACCUUCCUCUAUAAGGUUUUAUGCAACUAUUUCAGAGCACAAAAUAAGAUUGUUCUUUGCGUCGCAUCUUCUGGAAUUGCAGCACAAUUACUUCCAGGGGGAAGAACAUCUCAUUCACGAUUCAAGAUCCCAAUUGUUAUCAACGAGUCCUCAACCUGUUCUAUCGACAAAAACACUCUCCUGGCUGGAUUACUCCGUCGAACCGCGCUUAUCAUCUGGGAUGAAGUUCCAAUGCAACAUAAAUAUUGCUUUGAGGCUGUUAGCAGAACCUUAAAUGAUAUCAAUGAUGCUAAUGAUGGUGCCUUAUUUGGAAAUAUCCCGGUUGUGUUGGGUGGGGAUUACGUGCAGAUACUUCCUGUUGUGAGGCGGGGGAACAGGGGACCUAUUGUUGCAGCUUGCCUUCAAAGUUCUAUUUUAUGGCACAACUUCAAAUUACUUUCUCUCAAAGUUAAUAUGAGGGUAAGAGUUGGAAUCGCAAACAGACAAUUUGCCGAAUGGCUUGCAGAAAUGUCAUACAAUCAACAAUGGAACGGUACAAUUAUUCUCCCACCAUUCAUCAAGAUUUCGACCAUAGUUGAAGACCUCUGCCGACAUGUUUUCCCACUCGAGAUUGUUAGCAGAGCACAUUUGGAUCCUACGGUUUUUUCAAGGCGUGCUAUCCUGGCAAUGAGGAAUGAUACAGUUGCCGAUUUCAAUGAAAUAGUACUCCAACAGAUAUCAGGGGAGAUCGAAACAUACUUUGCCAUUGAUACCGCGGAAUUCAGCAAUUCAGAAGAGAGUGUGGAUGAAUUACCGGCAGAAUACCUCCAGAAUCUUAAUCCCGCAUCUCUUCCGCCUUCACAACUCAAAUUGAAGAUUGGAGCACCUAUUCUUCUAUUACGGAAUCUUUAUCCAAAGCAGGGGUUGUGUAAUGGUACCAGAUUGACGGUUACCAGGCUGGGACGGAGAUGCAUCGAAGCACGCAUAUUGGGUGGAGAUUUUGAUGGACAGAUUAAGAUUAUACCAAGGAUCAAACUUUCAACAUCGGAGGGGGAUCUACCAUUUAUUUUAACCAGAAAGCAGCUUCCAAUUCGGCUCUGCUUUGCCAUGACGGUAAAUAAAGCGCAAGGACAGUCAUUGGAUGUAGUUGGUGUUGAUUUGCGUAUGCCAUCAUUCUCACAUGGCCAGCUGUAUGUGGCACUUUCUCGGGUCACUGAUGUAGAUGGAUUGAACGUUUUACAGUGCUAG